AACCCGACUGUUGAUCUUCCCAUGACUCGUUCUUCAAGAAACACCACUUUUUCUAUUAACCUUAUUUCCUUGUCAGCAGGUGGUUUUGUAAUAUAAUUAUUGUUAUAAUUUAUCUGGCACUUGUAAUAAAACUCACUACAGCUCUUCUUCGUAGAGCUUUGCUCUGUCUCUCGGUGCUUCUGCUCUUACCAGGGCACUAGCAAGAUAAAUAAGGAAAGAGAUUGUAGCUCCAAGCUUCAAUGGGUCAUGACCAGGAAGAGCAAGUUGUAACGACGGGGUUCGUGACCGGCAUUAAGUUUGAUAUUUUGACUGAGAAAGAUGCAGAGAUGAUAUCUGUGAAAGAAAUUGAAGUACCCAAUGACGUGGUACAUCCAAUGCUUGGACUUCCUAAUCAAACUUCUUCUCAGUGUCUAACAUGCGAGGCCGAAGAUGUAAAAACCUGUGAAGGUCACUUUGGGUUGAUUAAUCUUCCGUACACAAUUCUCCACCCAUACUUGAUUUCAGAUGUGGCAAAGAUUUUAAAUAAAAUCUGUGUAGGAUGUAAAUCUGAACGGAGUAGGGCCAAGAGUGCUGACUCAUCAUCAACUCAUAAGAAGCCAACUCAUAAGAAGCGUGAGCGUUGCAAAUAUUGUGAUGGACUCAGGAAAGAUGAAUAUCCGAGAACAAUUUUCAAAGUUUCGAGCAAAGAAGUAUUUGGAAGAACAGCCAUCUUUGCAAAAAUAAAUGAUCGAGUGUUCUCUAGGAUUGAAACCUUAGCUUCUGAUUAUUGGAAUUUCCUUGCAGAAGAUACACAACAAGCAGGAAAUGCAUUAAAACCUAAUGAACGAGUUCUAUCACAUCUCCAGGUGCAUGAAUUGCUGAAGGAAGUUGAUCCAAAGAUUGUGAAAGAGUUUGUGAAAGACAAAAAAGAUUUGAUCUUUAUGAACAAUUUUCCUGUAACUCCUAAUUCCCAUCGCGUAAAUGAAUUCGGAGGACAAGUUAGAUUUGAUGAACUCACUAGGUGUUACAGAAAGCUGGCAAAUUUUGAAGGUUCAGCUAAUGAGUUGAGUACUCGUGUCCUAGACUGCUUCAAAAUGUGCAAGCUACGAUCAGAAAAAGUGUCAACCAAAAUGUUUAAUCAAAAUGAGGAAGCUGCCCCAAAUUUAUCUGGUCUGAGGUUCAUCAAAGAACUUAUUUUGGGAAAACGAUCUGAUCAUACUUUCCGCAUGGUCGUUGUGGGUGAUCCCAGAAUAAAAGUGGAUGAAAUCGGUGUCCCUUCCCAUAUUGCAGACUCAAUGCAAAUAUCCGAGCAGCUGAAUUCACUAAAUUGGGAAAGUCUGGGUUUAAAGAUUUUGAGGAAAAGGGACACAUAUAUUCGUCGAGAUGGUAGGCUGGCUCGGGUCACAAUAAAAGAUGAUAAGUUGCGGAUUGGGGACACUGUACACAGACCUCUCCGUGAUAGAGAUAUUGUUCUGAUCAAUAGGCCACCAUCUAUUCAUUCUCAUUCACUAAUUGCGCUAUCUGUUAAAAUUCUUCCGACAAAUUCCAUCCUCUCUCUCAAUCCAUUAAUUUGCUCCCCUUUUCGUGGGGAUUUUGAUGGUGACUGCUAUCAUGGUUUUAUUCCACAAUCUGUCGACUCCAGAGUAGAGCUCCAGGAGCUGGUUGCUUUGAACAAGCAGUUAACUAAUAUUCAAAAUGGUCUAAAUCUUAUAUCACUAACACAAGAUAGUUUAACUGCCGCUCAGUUGGUUAUUGAGGAUGGAGUGCUUUUGAACCGUUCUCAAAUGCAGCAGCUGCAAAUGUUUUGUCCAAGAUCUUGUCAGCUGCAGGCUCCAGCCAUUGUCAAGGCAUCUUCACGUAAGAAUUGUUUGAAAGCUGCUUCUUCAGAUACCUUCCUGUGGACAGGCAAACAGUUAUUCAGCCUGCUCCUUCCUCAAGAUUUUUCUUAUGAUUGUCCUUCAAGCGCUGUUAAGAUAAUGAAAGGGGAACUUAUAUCUUCCAAAACUGCAUCUUCUUGGCUACGUGAUACCAAGGGAAACCUUCUCUAUAGCCUUAUAAGCCACUGUCAGGGGGAGUUUCUUGACUUCCUACAUGCUGCUCAGGGAGUUUUAAGCGAAUGGUUGUUUAUGCGGGGACUAAGUGUUUCACUGGCUGACAUGUACCUCUCUUCUGAUUCACACUGCCGGAAGAAUAUGAUUGAUGAAGUUUCAUGUGGUUUGCGGGAGGCUGAGCUGAUAUCAUCUGUAAAAUUAUUGAUGGUGGAUUCGAAUCUGGAUUUUCUUGUUGGAAGCCUUGAAGAAAGUGAAACUGCUAUGGAUUUUGGAGCUAAGCACAUGUUCUGUGACCGACAGAAGUCACCUGCUCUCAUUCAAGUAUCUGUUUCUGCAUUCAAGCAGGUUUUUAGUAAAAUUCAGAACUUAUUUUACCAAUAUGCGAGUGAAGACAAUUCUUUUUUAGCCAUGAUAAAGGCUGGAAGCAAGAAGAGUAACCUUACUAAGGCUGUCCAGCAUGCAAUGUGCCUUGGUUUGCAGCAUUCAUUGGUUUCACUUUCUUUUAGAAUUCCCCAGGAACUUUCUUGUGAGGCAUGGAAUAGUCAGAAGGAAGAGGAAUCAAUAGAUCCAAAAGAUGAUCAUUCGAAAAUUUCCAAGUCAUACAUUCCUUAUGCAGUGGUGCAAAGUUCUUUCCUCUCGGGAUUGAACCCAUUGGAGAGUUUCGUUCACUCAUUGACAACACGAGAUGCUUCUUUUGGUGGUCACGCAGAUAUAUCUGGUACAUUGACUCGAAGGAUAAUGUUUUUCAUGCGUGACUUGUGCAUGGGGUAUGACGGGACAGUGAGAAGUGCCUAUGGCAACCAAGUUGUUCAAUUUUCAUAUUAUAAUAACCCCACUUCUUCAAAAAAUAGUCCGGAGGAGAAGCUGACAGAUGGUGCCUGCACAAUGGGUGGCCAACCUGUUGGUUCCUGGGCUGCUUGCGCAAUAUCUGAAGCCGCAUAUAGUGCUCUGGACCUACCGAUCAGUGCACUUGAAGCCUCACCCCUGCUUAAUUUGAAGGAAAUUCUAGAAUGUGGCAACAAUAAGGUGAACAAAACAGCAUCUUUAUUCUUUUCGAAGAAGCUUGAAAGAUGGACCUAUGGUUUUGAAUAUGCAGCCUUGGAGGUUAAGAGUCGUUUAGAGAGACUACAAUUUUUAGACAUUGUUUCUACUGUCAUGAUAAUGUACUCCCCUUGUAGAGAAGCUUAUGUUAGUCCAUGGGUUUGCCAAUUUCAUAUAAACAAGGAAUUGGCAAAGAGAAAACAAGUAAAAGUCCAAUCUAUAGUCAAAGCACUCUACAUGAAGUGUAAUUCCACCCUAGUGAAAUCGAAGGUGGAUCUUCCAGAUUUGCAGAUUACAUGCAACAGUGACAGUUCCGAGAAAAAUAUGGCCACAAUUUGUAUCAACAUUAGAAUGGUUGGUAUUGACGAGAACUCCAGUACACAGCUGGAGACACUUGAAGACAUGGUGUUACCUUUCCUUCUUCAAACUGUCAUAAAAGGAUCUUCGAAUGUGAAAAAGGUGGAUAUCUUAUGGAAAGAUUCUUCAAGUUUAUCAACUUCGCAUAAGGGUGCAUCUGGUGAGCUGUAUAUUCGAGUUCACAUGUCAGCCACCUGUGACAGGUCGAGAUUUUGGACUGUCCUCAUGAAUGACUGCCUCCAGAUUAUGGAUAUGAUUGAUUGGAAGCGGAGUUAUCCCGAUGAUAUUCAGGCUGCAACCUCUGCCCUUGGAAUUGAUUUUGCAAAAUCGCAGUUUAUAAAUAAAUUGGCAUCGGCAAUAUCUGAUACUGGAAAGGCUGUACUUCCCGAACAUUUAUAUCUUGUUGCUGAUUGUCUUUCAUGUACGGGGGAAUUUGUUGCUUUGAGUGCAAACGGACUGGCACGACAAAGGAAGCAGACAUCAGUUUCUUCACCAUUUACGCAAGCAUGCUUUUCCAGUCCUGCAGAUUGCUUUGUUAAUGCUGGGAAGAUGGGCAUGAUGGAUAAUCUACAGGGUAGUCUAGAUUCACUGGCAUGGGGAAACCCUCCUUCUCUAGGGACUGGUGCCCAGUUUGAUAUCCUAUACUCUAGGAAGGAUCAUGAAGUGGCUAAACCUGAAGAUAUCUAUAAUUUGUUGGGUAGCCAAGUUGGUGCUCGUGGACAGAGAGUCAAGGUAUCUCGUACACACACCGAUAUGUCAAUCAAAAAUCUUGCCAAGAGAAGUGACUUGCUGAGAAAGGAUUUCAAAGCAAAAUACUUUCUAUCAAUGUCUGAAGAGCUGAGGCUUAUAUUACACAAGUAUAAGAUAAAUCAACAGUUAAGUGAGUUGGAUGAGAGCAUUGUGGUGGCUGCACUAUUUUUUCACCCUCGAUCUUCUGAAAAGAUUGGAAGCGGGCUUAAAGAAAUCAAAAUUGGUGGGAGCUCAAAAAGCUCAACUAGCCGCUGCUUUCAUGUGGUAAGAACUGAUGGUACCAUCGAGGACUUCUCGUAUCACAAAUGUAUACACAACGGUCUCAAGCUGAUUGCUCCUAAAAGUGCGGAAACAUACCGGUCAAGGUGGUUGAAUGGAAGAGUCUAGUCCACGUGCAACGUUGGAUAGCAAAGAAAGGUUACAGUCUAAUGGCAAGUUUUGUAGCAGAAAAAAGAUAUUUGGUGUAAACUACAAAACUACAUUUUCAUUUAGCACAAACCAUCGCAAUAAGAAUGCUCUUAAAGCUUCUUUUUGCUGCUUCCACUGAAAGUUGUUUGCCUGAUUUAUGAGGCAGAUAAAAUUUAGUGGAAGUAGCAACGAGACGCUCUUAAGAGCAUUUCUUGUUAAUGUUAUUCAUUUCUUAAUCUUAUAUUAUGAACCCUAUCUUGUUUUCAUAAGAAGAACGAACUUUUUAAGCUUCUUUCAAGCUA